AUGAAUCAAGAUCAUGCCUUGUCCCUAGAUCAAAUCAAUGACAUAGUUGGGGCUCCUACCGAACACACCUUUGGCCCCAAUGAUCCAAUCCCAAGAUACAACGAUCUUACGUGGUGGACCAAUCUUACAUGUCAGCUUCCCUAUGUCUCAAAUUCUCCUAAGGCCUCAUUUCUUAUCCACCAUGUGAUGAAAGUGUCCCACAGGAUUAUCGCUUCACUUGUCAUCCCUAGAGAGGAAAGAAGCACCAUUAGCUCCCUUGAGCUCAAAAUACUCUAUGGUAUGGCCCACCCGGACGAUAAUCUCAUUCCUCACUAUGGCUCAUUCCUAUGUAAUAAACUCACCCACCUCAGCACAUCUCGAUCUGGCAAAAUAUCUUGUGGUGGCAUUGUCAGUUUAUUUGCCAAAAGCGCUCCAGUCUGGGCCCAUAUCUUGGAAUUCACCAACCUCUUCCCGGUGAGGCCUACCUUACCAUGUGAAUCCUUGAGUCUAUGA